CGAGCUGAUCGGUUAAAGGCGUAGAAGUCGAAAGGUGCAAAGUGUUAUGUGAACUUACAAAKUUAAAGAAGAUAGAAAAAUUUCUUGAAAAUUUAUGGUAAUCAAAAAUUUGGAUAUUCCCAUAAUCAGCCAAAUCUCAACUUGAGAUGAGAAGGUGAAAUAUCUACGUAUGUGUGUGUGGGUAUGGAUUAAAAUAUGAAAUCAGUAUAUGCUAUAUGAUGAACAAUGAAAAUAAAAAGUAAAUUUCCAACUUUGGUGCGUGAAAAUAUUUGAACCAUUCCCUUCAAUUUUCCUGAGUUCUUUGCUAUUGUACAAGUAUGUUUCUUCCCACAAAAAGAAAGUGGAAGCAAAUUGCAGCAGCCUAAGUAUGUAAGCAAUAUUGUUGGAAGCAGAUAAUAUUUGUGAAGUGUGAAAUUCUAUACACUGCAGAAAGUUUUUGUUAACUAAAAACAAAAAAAAUGUUGUCAAUAAGUGCACAAGAAAGUUUGCAACACCUGCGGCAUAAGCCGAUGUGGAUACUUUUUCUGCUGAUUUUCUUCGUUAUUGCUUUGGAUAAUACUGCAACCGCGACGACCGAAAAUGAACAAACAACAACACCAGAACCAGAUGCUUCACCGGGUUGUAAGGCGCCUGAUAUACGCUUUACUGUCAUACGACCGGAAACAACCACUGAACAACCGUAUGCGAAAUUCGAGACAACUCAGAUUUAUUUGCCAGAUGACUUUACAACGUCCGAUGCAGAGUUCGUCGAAAGRAUUAAUAUUGAUCUGACCGCCCGUCAGCCUGGCGUCAAAGACAAUAAGAUGAGCGCUAUCGUUAAUCCCUACCAAGUCGAUCUGGAUGACCAGCACGGCCUGGCAGGGGUGCACGGUGCUGAUGACACACUCGCCGCCAUCGAUGACGAGGAGGACGAGGCGGAAGACUCCGAAGAUGGCACACCCAAACGGAACCAGAAUCGGAAAUUAAACAAGAAGCGGCGUUCUGGAUCAGGACGUCGUCGUCGUAUCGAAAACGAAAAUGGACAAACACGCGGUCGUGGCAGCCGAUACAAGCGUCAGGUGAUCCAUCAUGAUCCUGAUGCCUCUUCUGAUACGGACAAAUGGGGCGGUAGUAAAUUAGCUGCUGAAGGCGAUGUUUACUAUGUGCAUAUUGAUGACAUAUUGGAGUCGGGUACACCCAACGCCGAACUCAGGUUAAAGUUGCAUAAAUUGAAGCAUAAAACGAAAGCAAAGAAUUCCACAUGCACUGACGUCGGAAACAAAAAGCAGUGCAAGCAAGCUUUAGCGAAGAAGAAAAAGAAAAAGGCAAGCUUCAACAACUUAUCGAAGCAGGUAGUAGAGAACAAGCAGAUGCAAACCAAAGAACCCAAUGCUAAACAUCAUCGUAGACGAGGUGAUAGUCACGAAGAAAAACGAGKUGAACAGCCAAUGCUGAAUGGAGAGCUAAACCCGAGUUCACGUUAUCGACGCGCUGCCUCAGGAGCAUUGAAGCAGAAAACUGAUAUGACAGCGAGUGCUUCAGGCAGCUACAACGAUUCGGUAGCGAAUGAAAAUGCGGCAGAAAAUAGCGACUUGGAAACGAUAAGAAUUGGACGGGACCGUAACAAAACUAUCAAAAAUAUAUUUAAUAAAAUAACUGAAGAGCAGCUGCUGGACGAUAGCGAUGUGCCGGCGGUGUAUGGCAAUGAGACGGGCGCAGAGGCGCUGCAGCGCGUCAAACGCAAGUCCGGCAAGACAACCGGCGCAUUGAGUCGUCCCAAAGGCGGCGGAGAUUCUAGCUCAAAAACGACAAGUCGCAAAGAUAAAGGAAUUUACGAUGAAGAAGGAGGUUAUUCUCCCGUACAUCCCGAUGAAACCGAUGAAGAAGAGGAGGAGGAUGAAGAGGAAGAAAUUGACAUUCAACAACAAUUCACUGAAGUAUCUGAAAUACGUUUCCCGGGCGAAAUUGGACCAUUGGGCGAUAGAAGAUUGUGUAAAAUACGGUGCGUCAAAGGAAAAUGGGUUGGUCCCUUAUGCGCCACUAAUGAGGAGGACGAUAAUGGAAAUGUGAAAUUUCAGCCUCUGUACAAGAGUUGCCAUGUGAAUCGAAUUCCGCCGCAUUUGCUAUUGAGCUAUCGAAACAUUUCAGUGACCCCGAUACCGUCCAUAAGAGGGUCGCGUCGCAAUCGAACUUCCAAAUCGACUUUUAUUUCCAAUACACAAAUUAAUGUUGGCUGGGACUUGCCACAUGGACACUCAUUACAGGCUCGCUGUAAAGAUCUAGGCAUGUAUAAGCUUCUUGGCGAAUCUCGAGUGCUUUGCUCAAACGGGCUAUGGGCACCGCGUAUGCCCUCCUGUGUGCCCACGACAUUACUUACCAAUUUCUCCGAUGACAGCGCGCCCUCCAUUCGCAUUAAGGUUUUCAAUGGUUCGGGUGCAUUUGAGCCAUCCGGCGUACUGGCGGUACUGCCACAGAGUUCGAUCUUACUAGAUUGUAUGUAUCCACGGAUACGUGGCAUCCCCGAUUGGACAUGGACAAGUUGGUACAGGCAGUAUAUAACAGGCUGGUCUCACGAAGACAAAAAUUUAAGAUAUCGCUUGACAAUUAAGGACAUACAAAACACUGAUUCGGGCACAUUUACCUGCACGUCACCACGGGGUUUAACCAAUAGCAUUGCAAUUGUUGUGACCACCUCGACAUGUCCGCAGCUACCAGAACCGGUGUCGCCGCUCACGCUACGCUUGGAGGGUAAUAAGCUCGGACAGCGCGCCAUGUAUCGCUGCCCUCCAGGUUAUCGCAUAGAUGGUGUUGCGAAUGCAACGUGCUUAGCCUCGGGUAAUUGGUCAUCGCCGCCGCCCACUUGUCAGGCUGUGCAGUGUCCCCGUUUGGCGUUGGACGAUCCACAUUUGAGUUUGAUCGAGCUAAAUACGUCGGCGUGGGGGCGGGCGAUGUUCAAAUGCCAAUGGGGCUUCAAGCUGACCGGCCCGCCGAGACUGGACUGUGAGCCGACGGGCGUGUGGAGUGGCCCAGUACCGCGUUGUAAAGCCAUCCAAUGUUCGACGCCGGUGGCGCCGCUAAAUGGGCGCAUAGGCGGCACAAAUCUCAACCAGCGCCGUUUGACUGUGGGCGCUUUGGUCACAUUCAGUUGCAAUGAGGGACACAUGCUGGUCGGCGAGCCGAGCAUCAUUUGCACCGAAACUGGACUCUGGUCACAUCCGCCACCAUUUUGCAAAUCGCAAUGCCCCUAUCCCGGCGAUCCACCAAAUGGUUUAAUAGCGCCGCUCAAAUUCAACUACGAUUCCGGCGAUUACCUGAGCGUCCAAUGUCGGCCCGGUUUCGUGCAGUACAGCGAGAAUGGUCCGCCAGAGCGUCCAAAAUGUCAACCGGAUGGAAAUUGGUCCGGACCGGUUCCCAAGUGCCGCAGCUAUGAGGAAGUGUAGCUAAUCAAAAUAGCGGACAUGAUGAUGCCGGAAUCAUCUGACGAGUCCACACAACUCCACCACCCACACGAAAACAGCAUGCUUCGUUAUUAGCAACACAAGCAAGAGCUUCAUGUAGAGGUACAGGGCAGAGACAUAACACCAAACAAAUAAAUACGUACAUAUGUAUGUAUAUGUAUGACCAUAAUAACAGCGCACCAGGAAUAAAUAUGCGGACAAAUUUAUGGCGACCCAAACAGCAGCACAUACACGCACACACAUCGUAUUAUGUAUAGAAUAGUGUAACUUAGGGUAAAUGGUUGGGACAUAUACGAUGCACACACACACUACAUGCAUGGUACAUUACGGCUAUGCAAAUAUCCACAAAUAAGUAUUUGAAAAUCUCGAAACUACUCUGCAGGAAAUAUAGUACCAACUGUUAAUUUUUUUUAAGGCGCUCUUCUUUAUAUUACAUGUUCAUGGUAUGUAAGAUUAUACAAGUCCGAUCUUAGUAAGCUUACUAAUUCCAUUAACAUAACCGGUUUCCACGAAAACAAAAAAAAAAAAACAACAAAUAAAUAUUGAUUAAAUAAAUAGGAUCUGAAAUUUGAUUUGUUUUGUAUCUGAAAAUAGCUGAGCCAAAAUUUUUGAAUUAUUUAACAACAUCGUAACACAACUAAAUCCAAAUCCGAAUUUCGUUUCUUUGCAAUAACUGCUUUUCAAAACGUUGCAACUGCGUUGAUAUUUGUUUAAUUGUUUGUUUGUAAGCAGUGUUACAAUACCCAUUGAUCCAUUGAUGAAAACAGUUAACCAAAAUAUAUGUUUAACAUAUAGCAAUAAUACAAAAAUUGAUUUAUUCCAUUGUUUUAUUAGUCACAAGUACUCAUUAUCCUAUUUCAUGUUCCUGGUAGGAAUAGAGGAAAAUACGAUUUUAUAAGAUCGCAUCAUCUAUCUGACAUAUUUAUAAACUCGAAUUUCAUGUGAGAUUUUGAGAUCCAAUUAUGAACUCAAUCGGUUGUUAAAUAUUGAAGCACAGCACCACUUUUCGGACAUAAUUUAGUUCUGAAUAGCCCAAGUUUGAUUCAUUGAAUUAAAAAAACGUUUUGCAAUUUUAAUAUUUAAUAAUAGAUUGGAAUUUAUUGGCAACACAAAUUUCGAAUUAAAAUGUUUUUAUACAAUUAUUAUCACCGGAAAUUAAAAAAAAAUAACAUACAAUUUUUAAUUUCCUGCAGGGUACAAAUACUUUCCGAAAUCUGUAAAAGUUUAUAUUUAUUACAGUUGGUUUGUUUUACAACAAUUAUGCAUAGAGUUAUGAAUUGUAAGAUUAUUUGUUGUGUACUGACCAUACAAAAAAAAAACAAAUUUAUAAUACUUCAGUGAGCGGAUUUAUGCAAUUCAAAAAAAAAAAAA